CUCUGCUUCCUUCCCUGUCCAGCGCCAAACUUUUCACCGUCCGACGGAAAACUUCAGGUGAAACAUUUCCGUGAAAAGUCACUAGAGGAAGUUGGCGGAGUCUGGGUCAGUUUGUACCCGUGGGUGCUGGUCUGUUUUCUCGGAUGCCAGCUUACCAGACCUCCCUGCUGUCCUCGGUGAUCCAACUGAAGACGCUCCACUGGACCAGUGAGGGGAAAUGUAGAGAAGUUUAGUUGCUGUCGACCUGCAGCAGCUCCCACCUGAAGGAGGAGGCUGCGCGCUCAGUGACGGACCCACUGCAGAGCUGUCCUUGUGGUUAAAGGCAAACUGUCUUCAUAGCUGUCUGGACUGUCAACUGCAAAUAUAAACAUGGACAAUCAAACAUCUGCAGAAAGUGGGAGAGAUGUUGCAUCCAUGGAUGACUUACACAUGGAGCACAGAUACGUUGAGAAUGCACACAGCGGCCAUACUGACUAUGAAACAGAGACAAUCAUAGAUGAGCGUACUUCUCUUCCCAUGACUCAAACAGACCAGACGGUCAUGGACGACUUGGGGCAGUUUUUUGACCACUGCAUCCAGCAGGUGUCCCACCUGGAGACCCAGAGGAACGAGCUGAUCCAGGAGCUCAUCCGCCUGCAGGAGCCCAUGCUGCGGGUGGUGGAGCACCUCAGGGAGAAAUUGGAGGAGACCAAGAGGCUGCUCACUCUGGCUCAGUUGGAUUACAUUGCUGUUUACGAGGAAGUGCAGCAGGUGAAAAGGAAACUAUUUGCUACAGCCAGAGACUGCAUCCAGAGCCAGGUCACGCUGGCCACACAUGAGUACGAGGUGGCUCAGUCUGCUGUCACACAGGAGGAGCUUAAAGCCCACAUCCAGAAUCUAACACAGGAGUUGUCCCAGCUCCAGACGUCCUACCAGAACCAGCUGAACUCCUUGAAGGACCAGUCCAACAGACCCUUCAGGGCCCGAGCCAUGAGUGACGUCAGCCAGUGCCGACAAGCCUCUGCCCGGUUGCAGCGUCGGCUCAGCGGCAGCAUGAAGACGCUGGAGGGCUGGUACGAGCCCCGACUGCUGGCCCUGCUCAAGAGGAGGCAGAUCGGAGAGGAUGCCUUGAGAAAGAGCAGGGAGCAGGCGGUGGACCUAAGGGCCAGAUUGGAGCCUCUUAAAGGGGACUUACACAGACUGGAGGUGCAGAGAGCCUGUUUGGAGCAGAGGAUCAGUCUGAUGGAGAGGGAGAGGGAGGAGAGUGUCACACAUCACGGGGGGGCUAUAGAAACUUUAAAAGAGACUUUGAGAGAACUACAGGUGGAGUUUGAAGUUCAAAGAAAAUCCAAGAAUGAUUUGGAGGAUCUAAGGGAUGGCCUUUUGAAAGAACUGAAGUUUCUGAGAGGCUGUGAUGAACGCAGUGGAACCACUGCAUAAUUUCCAGUGGAUGAUUCUAACAAGACCAAACCACAGCACCGCAGACACAUCCUGUGUCAAAAGAUAAAAAAUAACUCACCUGUGAUAUGCAUUACAAUUCAGUUUUAUUAUAUAUUACCUACUUAUUUAGCUGUAUCAAGAGGCCAAGAGUUUACUGUAAAUAUUUUAUUAUGAAUAUACUCAAGUACACAGAUCAGAUGUAGCACAGAAAAACAACAUGUUGGAGAAGAAAAGACAAACACAUAAAAGACAUCUUACACAGUCUGGAAAAACUUCAUACUAAAAAUAUCACAAAAAGCCAUCAGUAUGUACAAUUUCAUUAAAAAUGGAUUUAAGAAAUGUUUUCAGUGCAACUUAUCAAGAUGCAAGAAUUGAAACCAUCAAACAGUAAACCUGAAGAUUGUGUAUCUUUUAUGGUUUCAUCAUGAGCCAGAGUUGAUUUUACUCAGAGUCUGAAAAACUCAAAAUAUCUAAAACUCAGACUGAUACAGACUUACUUUGAAUAGUUCACGACAUGACGACAACGCAGCAUUUAUUCUUAAACUGACAACAAUCAUCACCGCCAAAAACACGCUUUUAACCACUUCACUGCUUAUUCACUGAGCACUGGAUGAAGGAUCCAUUUUUCACGAGCAGGUCGAAUGAGGAGACAUGGAGGCUGGACUCAUGCCUGAAUCUCUGUGUCUGCAGCACCUUCUGGGUCCUCAUCGUUGUAGAUAUUUUCAGCCUGGAGAAGAAAUGAAUCAAGAUGUAUACUCACUGUCACUGGUAUUCAAGUUUUAAUAAAUGCAUUUAAAAGUC